AAAGGCCUUUUACGGGCCAGACUCGCAUGUACGGACCUGAGCGCCUGCACAUCUACCGUCACUGCAAGGUUUUACACAAACACUAGAUCGAUAUUGUGGCAUAUUACUUGAAGCAGUACGCGACGAAACCAAACUUUGUAUUUAUUUUUAACAUACAUAGAUACACUUUACACGCGUAUUUAUAGUUAUAAAUUUACAAGUUAACAUACAUAGCUGUACUAGUGAAAUUCGAUUCGAAGCGAUCCAAAGCAAAGCGAACGUGGUGUGGCAAAGAAGGAAGGAAGCAAACAGAAAAAAAACGAGCGAAACAACGCCUGAGAAAACUCUCGGUACAACCAAAACAACAAGCUUUCAAAAAGCCCCAAUUUGCAAGCAUGAACAACAAAGGAACCAAUGGAUAUCCAACGUAUGAUGCUGCACAGCAGGCCGCAUAUCAGCAAUACAUGAACAGUCAGCUUCCUGCACAUGCCCAACUGCCGCCUUCGUACAACUCGGUGGUCACCAGUAUGACGCCGACCUAUCCGCCAUAUCCUCCCGGAAUCGUGCCACAGCCGUUCUACGGUAAUAGCUGGAGCGUGAAUCCGUCCCCGCAGGCCCAGUUCGCACCGGCACCACCGCCACCGUACGCGGCCACACCGGCCGCCGUUGCGGCCAUCCCGGCACAGCCGAUGCAUCCGCAGAUGUACCAGUACCAGAUCGCGGCCGGUCCGCCACCCCAAACGGGCCAACCGCCCCAGGUCUACCAAACCCCCAUCUAUCCAGUACAGGGUGCCAUGUUCGAUGCCGGUGCACGGUUCGGCAAAACCGGUGGGCAGCCGACGAUUCCACCGCCACCACCGGGCAUCGUUCCUAAUGCGGCCCAGCUCGCCUCCAUGCAGGGCCAGCAGGUUGUGGUGGCCAAGAAGAAGAACAACUUUCUGCACGGUGGCAACGGUGGCGGAUACACGUUCUGGUGAAGUGUGGGAUAGUGGCGGCCUUCUUUAUGUUUGCUGCGCCCAUAACAGGAAGGACGCGGCGAUGGGGCAGUGUUUGGUGGUGGUGCCAUGUGGGUAAGGACAUUGAAUUACGCGGGGUACAAAUGGGGACAAACAAUCGGAUCGUGCGAUUGUCUGUGUGAGUAUGGAACAGAGAGCAAUAGGAAGAUUGUGUUACCAGCACGUGGCGGAGGGAAGGUUUAGCGUAUCGUGAAACAACGCAUAAAAGUACGUUUGUUAAAGGGCGUACAUAAAAAAAGACUAGAAAACUGAAACUUGAAACUCCUACAUUUAGAGCAGGUUUGUUUUUCGUAUGGAAUUCCUCAAUCUAUUUUUUUUUUGGUUCAAGUUACAUUCAGGUUACCGAAUUAAAAUACAUUUUUUCUUUCAUUUUUUUACAACGGAACAGUACUUAUACUGUUUUAAGGUUAAAACAUCCUCAACCUCAUCUCUAUAGAGAAAAGCUCCCAGUUUCGUUGGAGUUAUGAAGAAAGUUGUUAGAGGAGAUAAAAAAAUCAAUUCUUCAUCCAGGAGAACUUAAAAUUGACAAAAAUAAAACUUGUGUGUUCAAACUUAAUGCAAACAACAUUAAACACCCUUAUACACUGAACGUCUGAAGGACACACCUUACACCCAGACUGCUCAACAUUAGUAAGGAUGUGACUAGUAAUUACACAGCUGCCAGGCGAAGAAGCAGCAGUGGUGACCGAGACCGAGAAGCGGGUGCUAGACUUUAUUCGGGCAGGUAGAGCAAUAGUAAUGCAGUUACAGGCAUAUAACAAUUAGAGUGAUCAAAUGACCCUUGUUCAAACGCGCAAACUAGUAGUUACGCAAGGAUACAAUCGCGCAGGUACGUUCUAAACUAUAUACGAACAUCAAUUAAACGCGGGCAGAUACAAAAAGUAAAUGCAGUGGUUCUCUAGUGCCCUAAAGAAAAACACAAAACCCCCCCUCCGUUUACUUAGCGCAGCAAUAAUAACACUGUAAGAGAGAGAGAGAGAGAGAGAGAGAACACUUCCUUACCAAAUUCCUCUCAAAGUUCCACAAUAAAAGCAAUGUUGAAAAGCAAAAGCAAAGGAGGGUAUUAAACAAUAUACAUACAAAGCAACAACAAUAACGCCUCCAUUUUGAGCGGGUUAAUUGCCUGCAAUUGCUGUAAGGGGGUAUCCCCACUACUGCAAUCAGGUCACAGCAGCCACCCGGGGGUGGAAAACAAAACUUUACUUCUUUGUGAUAAAGGAAAAAAGAGCCCCCGCCCGCCCGCACGGGGGGUGUGUGUGUGAGAGGGGGAGCUUCGGGAGCCAUUUGUACCCGGUUGACCCCACCAUCUCACUUAACCCAUUAACACUUGUUCCCUGUUGGGCGAGAGAACGCGAAACGACCAAAAUUAGAAGACUUCCAACACACAAGCAACAGCUCUAAAUUAUCGGCUAAAGGAGCAUGUUGUAGUACAAUACAUUGACUGUAGCGCGCCUUGAAAGUCCUAAGCAAAACGGGGUGAAAUUUAAAACACAAAGACUUUGCUGCUCCUCCUCCUUCUUCCAGCAUGAAAACGGACACGCAAAACACACACACACACAUAUAUACAUAGGCGGGCUCCACCAAACUUAUUGGCAGUAAGUAGUGAGGCAGCAAUACAAAGCAAAGCAAAAACACAAUUAAAUAUCAAUUCAAUUUGUAGUAGAGCGAGCGACAGGUUACGAGUAGGAAACCAAACCGACAACUAAAGCGGAAAGGAAUGGAAAACCAAAAAAAAAAA